UUUGUCGUAGUUGAAUUUCCAGCAGUUCUGCUAAACACAGCAACGGGAGAGAUUGAAUCUGAAUUUCACACCUAUGUCCAGCCUCAGGAGCACCCUAUUCUCUCUGAAUUUUGUACAGAACUGACUGGCAUAACACAGAAUCAAGUGGAUGAAGGGGUCCCUCUAAAUAUUUGCUUAUCACAGUUUUUGAAAUGGAUUCAAAAGAUACAAAAGGAGAAGAAAGUUCUAUUCAAUUCAGAUAUUCCAAGUCAUUCUACGUCAGAAGCAAAACUAUGUACCUUUGUUACUUGGACAGACUGGGACCUGGGUGUGUGUUUGCACUAUGAGUGUAAAAGGAAGCAGCUGCGAAAACCAGACAUUUUAAAUUCCUGGAUCGAUCUCAAAGCAACAUACAGAUCAUUCUAUAAUAGGAAGCCUAAAGGGCUAAAAGGUGCUUUGCAGGAUUUGGGGAUGGCUUUUGCAGGACGGGAGCAUUCUGGGUUGGAUGAUUCUCGGAAUACUGCCCGUCUUGCUUGGAGGAUGAUUUGUGAUGGAUGUGUACUGAAGGUUACUAAAUCUUUGGAUAAGGCACAUCCAAAGGAGAAUCUGAUUUCCAGAACACUGAAUACAGCCUUCACUGACAAGACUCCACUGGGAAGUAAUAGCAGACCUGAAACAUCUAGAGAUGGAACUUGCAACACAAGCUCUCCAGCUGAGGAAAACCACAACAGUACUACCAGAGUUACAAUAAAUUCCAACGUACAAAUGGAAGAACAACAGGAGACAAGUACCAUCAAUUCCUCUACAGACAUCCAUGUUGUAUCUAGCAGCAGCUCAAGGACUGACUUGUAUGAUCAAGCCCAAAGCUCUUUAACAGCAUCUGCUGACAGAUUUUCUGUUCCUCUUGGACAGCCACAGCUAUCUUGCUGUACAGGCAUUUGGAAAGGGUUCAACAACGGGCAUUUGAUGAGUACUGCCAAUUAUAGCUCCCCAGUACGUGGGUCAGGACUAGUGCUUGUCUCCACUACCAUCUCCUCAGUUAAUAUAUCUGAUGAGGAUGUUAGUACUAGUUCUGAUUGUUUAUCUCUGCUGACUGACUGGGAAGAUGUAGCUUUAAUACCAGAAUCUCAGUAUGAACAAAAUCCAGACUGUGUUCAAUUUAAAGAUGACUCAAGUACAGAUAUUCCAACAGUGUCUGAAAAACCAACAAUUUCCAAAGUAUCAGCUGUGAUGAGUUCAGAUCUUCACAAUUUGGGGAAAACUGUGGUGCCUGUGGAACCUCAGAAGUCUAUUGUUUACAAAAGUCCUGAUACUACAAUCUAUAACGUAGAAACGGUCCAAAGGCAAACUUCAAAUUUUUCUGCUUUUAAGUUACCAUCUGCAAAGGUAAAUGGUACUUCAUCACACUCAGCAUUAAUUGGAAAUGACUCCACUCCUGAGGCUCCUAAAAGAAAGCCAACGAGUCCAAAAAUGUUCCCACCAGCAAAAAAACAGUCUUUUGCUAUAUAUAAAGAAAAGACUGUGUCUUUUAAUCAUUCCUUACCUUUAAGAAGUUCAAACUUGUCCAGAGCGUCUCCUGCCAUUCUGAACUCCACGGUCAAUUUGAAUCAGUCUGUAAAGGCUGUGAAAAAUGAAAAACUAACCCCCCCUCUGUGUAAUUGUGGUCGAAGAGCUAAAAGACUCUUUGUAUCAAAUACUGGUCCAAAUCAUGGCAAAGCAUUUUUUUGUUGUCCUGUUGGUAAGCACGAAGGUAAUAAAGGCUGUGGAUACUUCAAGUGGGAACAUGCGUUUCUAAAAGAGAAAUCUUCUGACGUUCUCACUGUGAAUGCCGAUGCUUUGACCUCUCUCGGAACUUUUUCCAAUACUUCAGGAAAUUCUUCUAACAAGAAAUAUUUGCGUCUUAGACCCUCUAUGAGAACUUGAAAAUUAAUGAUUUUUUUUGUCCACAUCUUAAACUCAAUUAUUUGUUCCUGCUUACUGUAAUCAGAACAGUCAAAUGAUCUUAGAUACAUGUUCUGAGAAUGGGACAAAAAUGACAUAAUUGGUUAAAGUAGAUGCAAGUGGAAAUUGCUCAAGCAUACAGAGUACCCAUAUGUCAUAAACUAUCUCAUGGAUGAAGUGAGAGAACUGAUCAAGCUGCAAGUGCUAAAAUUAAAGGAUGAACAGCUGGCGUUAAACAUCUUAAAUUUCUACUUUAUCAUGUAUUCUAAACUCUUUACUAGUCCAAUCUUUAAACAUCACUGUGAUGAUAUAGAUUUUAUUUAUACUCAUUUUUGUAAACAUACUUGUAUUGGGCUGUAACUUUAAAAAAUGUAUUUAUUAGUUGUUGCACUUCUGAAAAGUGAUUUUUGAAGCAACUGUGCUCUUUUAAACUCUUCCUGGUUUUUAGUAUUUAAAUUAAGUUAACAAUAAAGAUAAAAUGCCUACGAUGGUUUCUUAAGUUUAUUUAACGUGGUGCUUUUUUUCUGUGUUAGUUUCCCAUUUCAUUUAUAUCAGUCUGCCUGUUUUGCUGCUAUGGGCUAUUACUCUAGCAUGUUGGAUACCCAAAGGCUGAGACUUGGACAAGAAUUUGUGAAAACCUGAACUAAAAAGG